GCUGCGUUUUCCUUGCUCUUGACAUCGAAGGCUGCUGCUGCUGCUGCUGCUGCUGCAGGUGGGGCUGCUGAAAUCCCUGUACUUCGCCUUGCAGCACAGCCUUUUUCCCCAGAGAGCGGAGGAGUAGGUCUGGAGUUCAAGAUCCUAAGACGUAGGAGCCUGAAUUUUUAUACCCGUGUCGGCUGCCCCGCAACCAUGAAACACGAGGAGCUAUCUGGAAGGAGUGCAGCAGCAGGUCGUCCAGCAGCAUCGCCAGCAAGCAAAACAGCUCCGAACUCAGACUGGCUGAAGCUGGAAGGGCGCUCGCAACCGCGGGGUGCUCCGCCAGGCCGGAGCGACAAACUAGCCAUCCUCGCUGCGCUCAAGCACGAGCGCAGCAGCGACUGCAAUGGAAGCGUCGCUGGCAGCAGAGGCAGCAGCAAAGGCGCAGCUGUCGGCAAGAAGACAGACAGAAGCCUCAAGCGAAAACGGCGUAAGCGCCGAGUCAGCGCCAAGCGGAGAGCAGCAGGGGUCGCUGCCUGCCGGCUGCCAGUCCGACUGUCAGUGUCGUUGCAGCGCCUAAUGCAGCUGCCGCCUGUCAGCAACAGAGUGGAAGUUGUUAGGGCCGUCUGGGCGUAUGCGAAGCAGAAGCAGCUGCAGCAGCCGGGGGAUCCUCACACCGUGCAGUGCGACUGCGUGCUGAAGCGGCUGUUUGGAGGUCUGGAAAGCGUGAAUCUCUUUGCGGAUCUGAACCGCUUGCUGCUGCCGCAUCUCAUCUACACUGAUGCGGAGGACGGGCCUGCUGCCUCCGCUGCUGCUAGGCAGGAGAAGAAACCACCAAAAGAUCUACUGGCAAGCAUUUCUCCACAGCCACAUGCUUCAGUUCCGGCUGAGGCGGAUGCUGCACAUCUAGCAACACGGAGGCGUAAAGCCACACGGAAGACAAGCAGCAGCAGCAGCGGAAGCAGCAGCAGCAGCGGAAGCAGGAGCAGUGAGAGCGAAUCCAGCGACGAGGACGGCAAUAAUGGAGAUAUCAGAAAAAAAGGCAGCCAAGAAGACAAUGGCGCCUCUACUUACGGGGGUCCUGGGAAGGGCACUCGCAGCAGCAGGAGCGCAAGCGAGAGGGGUGUCUAUGCAUGUGUUUUUCCGAAGAAAUUCAAAGCAGAAGGUGGCAGCAGCAGCAGCAGCAGCAGUAGCAGUACAAGCAGCCCUACCGGCACUCCUGUAAGAGAAGGCCGUCUGCAGACAACUACCAGCGCCACUCCAACACCAUCGGGGUCCUCUUCAACAGGUGCUUCAGGAGCCUCUAGGAAGCAUCUCCGACGCCUUUUGCCUUCCUCAAGUGAUGAAGAGUCGGGAGGAGCCAGCGUAUCUUUGUCGACGUCCAUGACGUCUACGGCAUCAGCAGCCAGAGCAGCACCAGCUGCAGCUGCUUCUGCAAACAGCCUGCAAGAGCUCCACUUUGCGUGUGGCCGUCGUAUGCUCUCAGCUGGAGGCGAGACGAAACAAGAGCCGCAUGAAGGACGGGCAGACGCCCCCAGUGGUCUGACAGCAGCAGCAUCACCAGCAGCAGCAGUUACACUGUCAGCUGCUCGAGCCUCAACCGCGGAGGCUGAAGCGCCUUGGGGCCAGUGGCUGCUGGAGAGUCAAGAUCCCCUCUCACAGCUCUUGGACAGAGCUGUCGAGCCUGCCAGUAAGACAGCCACAGAUAGACACAGCUGGGCAGCAAGGCAGAUAGCCGGGAAGCUGGUGCUUUGGAGCGUUGGCAGCGCACAAGCAACGGGUCAGACGGGCCCUUGCCGACUAGGGGAAAAAACACAGAAAAAUCCGUUCGCGGAGACACAGGCACAGGAAGAUAGACACAGUAGAAGGCUUACAAAGAGAAGGAACGAGACAGGUAGAUACUGGAUCAUUUGGUUUGCUGCUGCAGGUCAAGAGCAAAAGCCUCAGACGACCCAAGAUCUGCAGCCGCAGCUACGAUUGAAGCUCAGCGAUAUGAGGGCUCAGUCGGUGAUGGUCUCUUUUACGUGCUGCAUCUGUCGCCGCGUAGGGACCGCCUUCUGCGAAGGCCGCCUCACCUUUCGCAUGCUUCAGGAGGCGCUUGGCGCAGAAGAAACUGCAGAUGAUGCCGUUGCGCAGAGUACAGCGCACGCGAAGAUCGCCACGAGUAUCCCAUCCUCGAACGUCUAUGCCUUCCCUGUACGCAUGCAUCGGGGUCCCCAAGAUGACUUCAGGCUAGCAGGAGCUUUCUGCAUCAACGACCUCAACCCCGCCACUUCCUAUCGCUUCACCCUUCAGGCCAAGCAAGAACAGGCCGGAGGCUCGACGCCAACGGCAUCAACAACGCUAGGAUCGGUAGAAUACGAGCAGCGGAAACGUGUAGACUUGUGGUCCCCUAGGGCCUGCCAGAUCUUCGCCCAAGGCCUCGAUCUGCCGCCUUUAAGCCCAGCAUUUGAGGCUUGGGGAGUGCGAGGAUCCGAGCUGCUUCAGAUAGGAGCCUCCGAACUCUCCACAUUUGGAAUACCCGUGAAUCCUACACCCCAGCCCUUCAUGGCGAAAUCCCUAACUAAAUGCCUAGUCCCUGCCAAGAUGUGUGUGUGUGUGUUUUUUUUUUUUUUAGAGUCCUUACGUUUGAGUGACCCCGCAGCGUCUGAGGCAUACUUACAUGCAUGCACGUGUGAAUUGUGA